GCGGCCGGUGUGCGAGGCGAGGCGAGGCGAGGCGCCGCCCCCGGGGCUCCUCCGUGCCGACCUGCUGCCCGCCUCGCUGCGCCCCAGCCCGGCCGCUCGCCAUGCGCGCCGUCGGGGCCGGCCUGAGCCUCCUGCUGGCGGCUUGCCUGGCCUCUCCCCCCCGGGCCGUCUACACCAACCACUGGGCCGUGCGCCUGCAGGGGGGGCCCCGCGAGGCCGAGCGCCUGGCCGCCCGCUACGGCUACCUGAACCUGGGACAGAUUGGAAGCCUGGAAGACUAUUACCACUUCCAUCAUGGUAGGACAAUUAAGAGGUCAACGUUCAGCAGCCGAGGCCCCCACAACUUCCUCAGGAUGGAUCCAAAGGUGCAAUGGCUACAGCAACAAGAAGUGAAACGAAGAGUCAAAAGACACGUUCGAAGCGACCAUCAUUUUGUUUCUUUCAAUGACCCGCUCUGGCCAGAAAUGUGGUACAUGCAUUGCGAAGACAAUGACAGCGACUGCCGCUCGGAAAUGAACGUCCUGGCAGCCUGGCGGAGAGGCUACACCGGCAGGGACGUCGUGAUCACCAUUCUCGACGACGGCAUUGAGAAGCUGCACCCUGACCUCGCGCCAAACUAUGACCCCCGUGCAAGCUACGAUGUCAAUGGAGGCGACGAAGAUCCAACCCCGCGCUACGAUGCCAGCAAUGAGAAUAAGCACGGCACCCGGUGUGCUGGAGAAGUUGCGGCGGCCGCUAAUAAUUCAAAUUGCGUCGUGGGCAUAGCGUACAAUGCCAGAAUUGGAGGUAUUCGCAUGUUGGAUGGUGACGUCACAGAUGUUGUCGAAGCAAGAGCGAUUGGCGUCCACCCAGAGUACAUUCACAUCUACAGUGCCAGCUGGGGGCCAGACGAUGAUGGCCGGACAGUGGACGGGCCUGGCCCUUUGACUAAGCAGGCUUUUGAACAGGGCAUUAAGAAGGGCCGUAAAGGGCGGGGUUCUAUUUUUGUCUGGGCCUCUGGAAACGGUGGCAGAGCGGGGGACCACUGCUCUUGCGAUGGAUACACCAACAGCAUCUACACUGUCUCUGUCAGCAGCACCACCGAGAAUGGAAACAAACCGUGGUACUUGGAGGAAUGUGCGUCCACCCUUGCCACAACCUACAGCAGUGGGGCUUUCUAUGAGCGUCAAAUUGUUACCACAGAUCUGAGGAAACGCUGCACAGAUGGCCACACAGGGACCUCUGUGUCUGCCCCCAUGGUGGCAGGAAUCAUCGCUUUGGCGCUGGAGGCCAACCCUUUGUUGACCUGGCGAGACGUUCAGCACUUGCUUGUUAAAACAUCUAGACCAGUACAUCUCUUAUCCCGGGACUGGAAAACAAAUGGUGCUGGAUGGAAAGUUAGCCAUCUGUAUGGUUUUGGCCUGGUGGAUGCAGAAGCGCUCGUUGUCGAAGCCAAAAAGUGGCAGACUGUCCCCGCUCAACAUGUUUGUAUCGGAACGGCCAAUAAUCGACCUCGGUUCAUCCCUACCAACAAGAUGGUGAGGACAGUGACUGUAACAAACGCCUGUGCUGACCAGCGCAACCAUCAUGUGGUACACUUGGAGCAUGUUGUUGUGCGGAUUACCAUGGUGCACCCUCGGCGAGGAGACCUCCAGAUCAGCCUGACGUCUCCUUCUGGAACAAAGUCUCAACUCCUGGAGAGGAGGCCACAUGACAGUUCCGUCGAUGGCUUUAAGAACUGGGAAUUCAUGACUGUCCACUGUUGGGGAGAGCGAGCUGCGGGCGAAUGGACGCUGGAAAUCCAUGAUAAGCCGUAUCGUGUUCGAAACCCAGAGAUGCAAGGAAAGCUGAAGGAAUGGAGUCUCAUCCUCUAUGGGACAGCUGAGCACCCCUACUCCAAUGUCAGCACCCCUCAAUCACUGUCAAGGACGCUGGAGGUUCCAUCAGCGGAAAUGGAGCCUUCGAAAACUGCCUUCUUCCAAACUCAGAUGGAGGUGCCAGAGGAAGAGGAGGAAUACACAGGUCCAUGUCACACAGAAUGUGGUGACCAAGGAUGUGACGGUCCCAAUCCUGAUCAGUGCCUCAACUGUUUUCAUUAUAGUCUUGGAAGCAUUAAAACUGGCAGGAAGUGCGUGAAUACUUGUCCCCCUGGGCACUUUGGGGACGACGUGCAUCGGAAGUGCCGCAGGUGCUAUCGGGGCUGCGAAACGUGCCUUGGCAGGAGCGCAAAUAUGUGCACAGCUUGCAAGCAUGGCUUCUAUCAUCACCAAGAAACCAAUACGUGUGUGAUGCUGUGCCCGGCUGGAUUUUACUCUGAUGAUGGCCAGAGACGUUGUCAGAAAUGCCACCAGAACUGUAAGAAAUGCAGCGGUGAGAUGGACCGGUGCACAGUUUGCAAAGAUGGAUUCAGCCUUGUGGACAGCAACUGCGUCACAGGGUGCAAGCCGGGCAUGAAUUUGAUCAAGGAACCGGUGCGAUGUGAAGGUUGCCACUCCAACUGUCGGACGUGUGCAGGGCCAAGCCGAGAGGAAUGUAUGCAGUGUGCCAGGAAUGUCCAUGCAUACGAGUGGAAAUGCGUUCCGGAGUGCGGUGAAGGCUUUUAUGCUGAAGAGAUACAUGGUCUCCCAUACGGAGUUUGCAGAAGAUGUGAAGAUAAUUGCGCAGCUUGUGACAUCUCUGGGAGAAAAUGUCUCAGGUGUAAAGAAGGCUUCAGCUUGCUGAGCAGCUCAUGCGUCGCCAGUGACAGGUGCCACAAUGCGGAUGACAUGUUCUGCGAGAUGGUGAAAUCCAACAAGCUGUGCGAACGCAAACCAUUUAUACAGUUCUGCUGUCGGACAUGCCUCUUGGCUGGCUGAGCUGUGUAUUUAAGUGUCUGCCGUCUGGAGGCCUCGUCGUGCCAAAUUCCCAGGACAAAGUUUUCAGUUUUUUCCCCUCCAGCCUUGGGGAGCUUCGCCCGUUGCUGGCUCGAAGCUCCAAGCUUGUGACUCUAACUGCUUUAAUAUCUCCUGUCGGUUGGUUUCUACAAUGUCGCAUCUGGUCACCCCGAAUGUAGAUAGCUUCGUUGCCUAUUCGUUGGGUCUGUUUUUAAACACAAAUGCCAGCGUGAGUCCUUCACAGAUGUGCCAUGCUCAUGGAAAACAGCGUUGUUUGUGAAAGCGACCAUUCCAAAUUGUUCCACUGCACAGCCAUCUGGGUAACCCCUGCAAAAUUAGGUUCUUUUUUCACCUUGGAGAAGAAAAGGACAUCCCUACUCUACUACCCUCAAAAUAAACAUUGCAACCUUUUAGCCAGUAAGCGCAAGAUGGUGGCAUUCUAUUCCAGUGCAAUACAGGGUCUGUAACAGUGUACCUCGGCAAAAGAAACACAUUUCAGGUUUCCUUUCAGUAGCAAGCUGGCCAAGGGACGUUUGGGAGUUUGCCAACAACCAAAGAGGCAAUCAAGUGGUGGCAAGAUUAUAGCCCCGAGUCAGCCAAAGAGGCAGUCUUGCAGUGGCAGGAAUGUAGUCCCGAAUCUUCUGGCUUGCUGCAAGCCAUCUUCAGCAACCAGGCCGUAUACGAUCCAGCCAGCCAGGAUGCAUUUAGCACGGACUCCAAGAAUCAAAGCCUUAUCCAUGAAGUGGCUCCUGACGGCCUCAGCUCCUGACCGUGGAAUUAAGCUAAAAGAAUUCCUUCCUGUAGCAAAGAUGGCUUCCUUCAAAGGUUUGCACCCCUCAGUUUCACCCCUACCCCCACCAGCUUGGAUUGAUGGCUUCAUUGGAUCUGGCCAGCCAGUAACUUGCUGACAACCCGGGUCCUAUCCAGUGAUAACCCAGCGACAUCUCUACGCAAAUCCCUUCCGUUCCAUUCAGCCAACCAGGAGGGAAAGAAAGUUGCCAGUUCUACAGAACAGCCCUGUACAACACUUCUGAAUGUAUUCACUAUAAUAUAUACACUAUAUAGUUUAUUAUAUGUGUGUGUGUAUGUAUGUAUGUGUAUACAUACACACACUUACUAUAUAUAGUAUGACUUGUGCUGUUUAUAUAAUUGUGUUAAAAUAGAUUUGGCUAUGUUGUCUUUCUGAUUUUUUAAAAUAACUUCUACAGUUCCUUGUCUUCCUUUAUAGAAUUUUUAAAAAUAAUUUUAUGGGGACAUUUUUUAAAAAAGACCAUCUCCUUUCUGAUGAUGUCCUUAUAAAGUCAACAACAACCUUCCUUUCCUCAGACAGAGACAACAACGCUUCUUCUUUUUUCCUUCGCGUAGCACCCGUCUAAUUCACGUCAUCGGCCAUUUCAAUAAGUUAAACCUUCAGCCCAUGAAAUUGGCAGUAAAAAAUGUUAAUUGAGUCUUUACAAAGUGUGUUUUCUAAAUGUAUUCCUUCUCCUUCCACUGCUGCCGGCUUGAUUGAAAGUAACUGACAUGUUCAUACUGCUUUAGAACCAGCCUCUCUCAAACUUGGUCAGAUGAGUUGUGAAAGCCAACGUAGUUUUUUUGAUGUCGGAUGGAUCGAUGGCCAAAAAAGAGUCAACAGAAUGACCCAACAUGAAUAAAAUGUUUAUAGUCCUGA